CUCUAUUGACAAUUGACAGGUCGUUGCCACAGAAAUGUGUUUACUGCCUGUUAAAGAGGAGGAUUUGUCAGUGAAUUUCAAGAAGUGAUAUUAUCAUACAGCAGCAGGUUUACAUCACAAUUUCAGUUGGUUAGCAAGUAGAAGGAGCACCCCCGUCUGCGUCAGCCCGAUGUGAAAUGCGACUACUGCUCAUCUCUGUUCUUCUCACUGUGCUGCUCUACAGUCUCACGUCAGCUACUAUAGUUACCAAGAUCUACUCAGGAGAGUCAAACAAAGUGCAAACUCUGAUUGGCCAAGGACUUCGUGACUUUGUGUUUCCUCUGUUCAAAAAUUCCACUGCAGCUCUUACAGCAUUCAACGAGACAGAGUUCGCUGAAGUUUUGGCUAAAAAGACCCAAGCUAUACUUGCAAGCAAUCGAACGCAAACUUCACCCCAGACAGUCAUAGACAUGUUUACAAAAACUAACAAAGUCGUAAGGAAAUGUAACUCAGCUGUACAACGAAAAUGCCCCAAGUGCGUAGAACAGAAAUGCAAACAGAAGGCAGACACAUGUCUUGUCAAGAAGCGACGAGUACUCGAUGCAAUCAAACAAUUAACUAAAAAGAAAUUUGGCCAAGUCGGUGAAUUUGUAAAAUGGGAGACGUUCAAGCCGGCCCAACGUUUGUUGAGUGACAGUAAACUUAUGUUGGAUGGCGUGCCAAACAAUGUGAAAGUCUUCAUUGGUGAUAUCAAUGUCAAUGCUGUUCUCAAUGACAAAUUUAAAAAUAUUACUCAUUUGGUUGGCAGCUUUUACGACAUCUUUGACAAUAUCGUUCAUAAAUGGGAUGGCAUUGCAAACAUUACUACUAAAACACUUCUACAAUUUCCCACUCCAAAACCAUCCAAAGUUACUGCUACAAAACCCCCAAAAUUUAACUUAACAAAACUUGGUUUUACAAUACCUCCAAAUAUUAGCCUUACAAUACCUCCAAAUAUUAGCUUAUCAGAAUUAUCUAAAAUUAUUCCAAAAUUUCCAAAAAUUAGCUUGUCAUCAACUCCAAAAGUCAGCAUUCCAGACAUCAAAAUUCCUAAGUUUGGCAGUGUCAUUGACAGGUUGGGAAAACGUAAGAAGAGAAAAGUCAAUCACCUAACAUCAGUAGAUCAAUGGGCUCUUUUACAUCACACUGUCUCUCGUCGCAGCAGCCAAUAUUCUCCAAAACAACUGACUUGUAAGGAAGUCAAGAAUGACAAAACAGUUCAGAAAGCUUGCAUGAGGUACACCAAACGUUCCGCAUGCAAAACGUCAUGCAAUGCAACAUAUGGUAAGACACUCACACAGCCACCUGUUUCUGAAUUAUACUGUAGUUUGCACAUAAUGGCCGUUACAGCCUGUCCUGAACUCCAAACCGUUAUGAAACAGUAUCAAGUUGUUUUGUCUUCUUACAAGACCGAACAACACACACUCAACAAGACGGUCGAAGCUUAUCGACAAGCACUUCCUUUGUAUCGUCGGCGACUGAAUGAAAAAUUGAAAGAUUAUUGUUGGGGACUGGACCUUAGUCGCUACUAUCACAAACAAGCAGGAUCAUCCAGACCAUGGUACAACAUCACACAGAUUUUGGUCUCUUACAACACAGAGACUCGCCAGUUUGUAGAAGUAAAAGCUACCGUCGACAUAGGCUCUGAUCAAAACCGUUACCAAGGUGACAUCAAGUUGACAGGCGGAUUUGGAACAAAUGCAGCACGACAGUUAGCUGAGAAGAUUCUCGAAUGGUACAAACAGAAACUAGUUGACAGCAAAGCAUGCUAGCAAAAAGAUUGCAUGCACCCUAACUUGUGUGGUGUAGACUGUAGGUAAUUAGCACAUUUUUGUCUUGAAGUUGGAACAACAUAGCUGAUAACAGUGUAAUAUAUAUAUAUAUAGUCUAACAGCAACAAACAACAAAGGUAAAUGCAACGGUUUGGAGCAUCCCACAACCCAGCUUCUCCUUUUACGUCCAAUCAAUGCCUUUACAUAAUGCUCUUAGUAAACUUUGAAAAGGAGAUGAGCAAGUGAACACAUACAUUUACAUCUACCUGUAUAGCUAGAUCACAUACGUAUAUAAGUCAUGUGUGGGUGUGUACACUGUACUACAGUACAUAACAUAUACACACUAAAACUAAGAAUGUAUGUAUACAUGUAUGUAAUGGACCAGAGAGACUCUGUGUUAAUUAGACGGAUAUCUGGGGUUUUCGAGGUGGUGAUGCGAAAAGACACGUCACAUGAAACUCCGUAGUUUCGGGUUGUGCAGUGGCAAAGUGUCGAGUCCUAUG